CAGGGGUGCAGUAGUUAGUUAACCACUUCGCACUGACCCCAACUCCUAUGAUCCCAUCCAUCUUACGCUAUCAAAAACACUACCAUUUCCCUCACCCAUUUCAAACUUUCUUCUUCCCCCCUAAAACGUUUCAUUCUUCUUCUUCACUCUCACUAGAUCUCCGAAAAAUGCAUCAAUCUCUCAGGAGAUCUCCCAGAACCUUCCUUUCUCCUCAACCUGCGAACACUAUGCAUGAGAGAAUAAAUCAAUCCAAAUCUGACUCUGCAUUUGAUUUGUUCAACAAUGGUGCUAAAUCUCGCCAAUGCAGUAGCUCUAAGAUGUUGAAUUCUUCUUCAAAGAUGGUUAAGUGUACGAAAUCAAGGGAAUUAGCUUUGAAAAUUGAUGGUAAGAGGAAGGUUGAUGCUAAGGAGAGAAGUUCGGCGAGUAGUAAGAAAUUGAGGAGGAGUGAUUUGGAGAGUGGAGAGGGUUUGAGGAGAUCAUCUAGGUUUUCGGCUUCGAAAUCAGUUUUAGCUGAUGAAAUUGAAGUUGAAUUGGGGGAAAAUGCGUCGUUGAAGCUGGUAAAGUCGGAGAUGAAGUCUCCGAGUUUAGUUAUGGCGGAAAAAUUAGGCGAAUUUGAUGAGGACAUGGUUUUGAGACGUUCUCCUAGAUGUUUGCCUUCGUCUUUGGCGAUAAAUGACGAAUGUGAUGAACUUGAGCUGAGAUCUUAUUCCAAGAGAGCAAAGAAGAAGAAGGUAGUACAAAAAGUAGAGCCAAAGGAGGCGAAGGAGAAGAGUAAAGUGAAACAAAAUAAGGAGAUUUGCUUCUUCAUAGGCGAACCAGUUCCAGAGGAGGAGGCUAUUCAGAAGUGGGGAUGGCGCUAUCAAUUGAAGAAUAGAAGAAUUAGCAGCCGAAGUCUGACAGGAAAUGCUACUGAAGAGGAUGAACCAAUACUGGAAGUAAAAUACCAUUAUACCCGAGCACAAAUUAAUGGUUGCAUAUUUGAUCUAGGAGAUUGUGCCCUAAUAAGGGGUGAUGAUCAAACACAUAUUGGAAGGAUUGUGGAAUUCUUCCAAACAUUGGAUAGUGAAGAUUAUUUCAGGGUUCAGUGGUUCUACAAACCUGAGGAUACGGUUUUGAAAGAAGCAACUUCUUUCCAUGACAAGAAGCGCAUAUUCUAUUCUUGUAUCAUGAAUGACAAUUUAUUGCCUUGUAUUAUCUCCAAAUUGAAUGUGAAAAAAGUUACACCCCAGCUCAACAUGAAUUCAAGCUUUACUGAACCUUUGGACUUCUAUUAUGAUAUGGAGUACUGUUUGGACUACUCAACAUUCCGCAACUUGCCAACAAAUGUUCCUGUUGAUAGCUGUACAUUACCUCCACUUGGCUGCCCUGAAUCCACCCUUUCCCUUACCAGCUCCCUUGUACCAGAGGAUCCAUCUAGUUGUGAAACAUACAGUACUGAAUUAGCCAUGUUGGAUCUUUAUGCUGGCUGUGGGGGAAUGUCAACUGGGUUAUGCAUCGGCGCUAAACUUUCUGGUGUUAAUCUCGUUACGAAAUGGGCAAUUGAUGCUGACAGCUUAGCUUGUGAAAGCCUGAGAUUAAACCAUUCCAAUAUACACGUUAAGAAUGAAACAGCUGAGGACUUUCUGGAGUUGCUAAAGCAAUGGGAAAGGCUGUGCAAAAAGUAUGUUAUUGAAGAGACACAAGAACCAAUUCCUUCUCCACAAGAGGUAUCAGACUUAGCGGAAGCAAGUUCAGAUUCUCAAUCAGACAGUGAUGAAUUAGAGGUCUCAAGCUUGGUUGAUAUAUGUUAUGUAGAUGCUGAUGGAUCAGAAGAGCAAGGGUUGAAAUUUAAGGUGCGCUGGAAAGGAUUUGGUCCAAGUGAAGAUACAUGGGAGCCGAUUGAGGGAUUGAGUAAUUGUCAGGAGCUAAUACAAGAAUUUGUUGUAAAUGGGUUCAAGAAUAAAAUAUUGCCUCUCCCAGGUGAUGUUGAUGUCAUAUGUGGAGGGCCUCCAUGUCAAGGAAUUAGUGGGUAUAAUCGAUUCAGAAGUGUUAAUGCCCCAUUGGAUGAUGAGAAGAAUCGCCAACUAAUUGUAUAUAUGGAUAUAGUGGAAUAUCUAAAGCCUAAAUUUGUUCUCAUGGAAAAUGUUGUGGAUAUCUUAAGAUUUGAUAAAGGUUCACUUGGAAGAUAUGCAUUAAGUCGUUUGGUGCAUAUGAAUUAUCAGGCUAGAGUUGGAAUAAUGGCUGCUGGUUGUUAUGGUCUUCCUCAAUUUCGGUUACGUGUCUUCUUUUGGGGUGCUCUUCCCAGUGAGGAGCUCCCCCAGUUUCCACUUCCGACACAUGAUGUUGUUGUCAGAUAUUGGCCUCCUGCAGAAUUUGAGAGGAAUGUUGUAGCUUAUGAUGAAGGCUCCCAACCUCCAGAGCUAGAAGAUGCUGUUUUCUUGGGUGAUGCCAUCUCUGAUCUUCCUGCUGUGACAAACUAUGAAGCUUUGGAUGAAAGGACAUAUAGUAUGCCUCCAGAGACUGAAUUUCAGAAGUAUAUAAGAUCUACACAAUAUGAUAUGAUUUGUUCCGCAUCAAAAACUGAAGAACCUGUGCUUUAUGACCAUCGACCUCAUCAAUUGUUUGAAGAUGAUUAUUUACGAGUAUGUCAGAUUCCACGAAGAAAGGGAGCAAAUUUUAGGGACCUCCCUGGUGUUAUUGUUGGAGAUGACAAUGUGGUUCGGCGUGAUCCAACUUUAGAUACUGUGUUUUUGCCUUCAGGAUGGCCAAUGGUUCCAGAGUAUGCGUUCACUUUUGAGCAAGGAAAAUCUAAAAGACCUUUUGCAAGACUCUGGUGGGAUGAGAAUGUGGCAACAAUAGUGACCUAUCCCAAUUGCCACAGCCAGGCUGUAUUACAUCCUGAGCAAGAUAGAGUGCUUACAGUACGCGAAUGUGCAAGGCUGCAAGGAUUUCCUGAUAAUUAUCGCUUCUGUGGAACUGUCAAGAAAAGGUACAGGCAAGUGGGAAACGCAGUGGCUGUUCCAGUUGCUAAGGCCUUAGGUUAUGCUUUGGGGAUGGCAUCCCAGAGGCUUAUCGGAAAAGAACCUCUUCUAACCCUCCCACCCAAAUUUGCAUAUUGCCAUGUUCGAACCAUCUAUUGAUUGUAACAUGUUAUAAUCAUUUGGUCCCCUAAAACAUGUUAUAAUCAUUUGGUUUCACAUUAAGCGGUCUCAUAAAAACUUCAAGAUCCGCUAUUGAUUGUAACAAUACCGCAGUCCCAAAUCACCAGUUGUCGUGUAAGUUACCUCAAAGUGUUUCUUAGUAACAUUAGCUAGUAGACUAGACUCCAUCUAAGUUAGCACUUAAAUGUAGCAUUCUGUUGUAACAUAGAAGUAUGUGGCAGUUUUUUGGUGACGGGUAAAGACUACCGUUUCCAUAAUCUGUAUGUAUUGCCUCGGCAAAGUUCAUAGGCAUCAAUGAUAAGUAGUAUUGCCUUGGUGAAGUUGAAAGUCAUAAUUGUUCUGUAACCCAUUCAAUAACAAUUGCUCCUCAACGGAAACUAAAAACAAAAGAUGCAUAGCUCUAAUUCUGUAAUACAUUACUUUUGAUUCGACGUGAUAUCAUGAGAAAUGAUCAAAUCAAGUAUGCAUAUUUGCCUGUGUAAGUUUUGUUUCUGAAUUCUAAAAGUUAUCUGCCUUCCAAUUGCGCAAUGAAAAAAUGCACUUCAUCAAACCAAA